AUGAGCUCUGCCCAACAAGCAAGGAGAAGCACGAGGGUGCGAAAGCAAACUGCAAAGGGGCGCGACUAUUCCCAGCUCCUAGCGCAAAAGGCUAUCUCUCGAGGUGCUCACAGCGCUGGCGCUCAAGCCCAAGCUACCAACGCGGCCAAUACUUCCCCAACUAAUUCUACUAACAACUCUAGGAGCAAUGCUGACAGCGGCCGUCGGAGAUCGAAAAGAAUCCGAGCGCGUGUCGGUGACAAUCCUUCUAGUGGUACGUCCAACAAAAGGCGCCGAAUCUCCCCUCGAAGUACUCCAAUUGAGGCAUUCAUGAUCAAACUGUACGCUGAAGUCCACCAUGCGGCUACGGCCAAGACGAUCGGACAGUGGGAUCGAUAUUGGACACAACACCUGCUUCGACAGGCUCGAACCCUACGCUUCUUCGAUCUCCCUGAGGCGAGCACCAGCCAACGUUUGGCGGAAAAGCUGGACAAGUUUGAAAGCAACGAUCCCAAGGAGAAGAGGGUUGCAGACCUUGCAAAAGACGAUGUCGACAUUAGCCAUGUGCAGAGGUUGAUGGAUUUCUGUGAUGAGCCGAGCCUUCUCCUCCUGACCAUCUGUGCACACUCCAAAAGCUUUCGCGACGCAAUUGUUCGCAGCGACGUCGAGAGCAGGGCACAAGCUCAGCCCGAAUGGAGACAGUUAUAUCCCAAAAUCAAAGAGCGUGCGUCGAGCCUGGAGCUCUUCGCCAGAACGCACAAGUUUGAGUGGACAGACGCCCUCUUUGCCUUCAAUGACCACUUUGAAGAUCUUCUGACAAUUGUAUACAAGGAUUGUCGCGAUGCCAGCGGCAAGGACGGCGCCAACUUUGGAAUCGGUGACGAUGAUCUCAAAGAAAUCCACCAGAUCGGCACCGAAGACAGGGAUCGUGUCCAUUAUCACUGGGUUCUGCCCGUUAACGAUGGAGAACCGGCGGUCUGGCCCUCUAUCAAAUGCACCACCACAAAGGACCUUACUGAGGCCGGAUUUGUGGACGCUGAGAAGGCGGUCGUGGGCAUUCCAACGCAAGGCAACAACCUCGAAGUCAACCCGGGGUCUCUCUUCUCUUCGGGGUCGAAACUAGAGCUCCUACAUUUCAACAUUGACCAGGCAAUCGUCCUUCCCAACUACGCGUGGCCCGCCGAGACGCGCAAGGUUAUUCACACUGACGGGAGCGUCUACGAAGACCCGACUUUCUGUGGAUUCUCAAACAAUCCCUGUAGAGUCUGUGGAGCCAAAGCAGCCGACUCAAACACGCAGCCGCAGCAGCAGUCGUCGGACCUUGCGUGCCAAUGCACGUUUGCCGAUCUUUGCAAGGUGUACAACAAAUCCCCUCAGAACAAUCACCACGACAUCCUUGUGGAGCUGUACACCACCGCUAAAACGGGCAGGGGUGUGCGUGCGCUGCAAGUGAUCCCGCCCUGGACCUACGUAGGCGAGUACGUGGGGGAGAUCUAUGCGGUUGAGGCAGAGGCGGACGACAUUCCGGGCUCGAUGGAUAACCACCGGUAUGACAUCGCGACGUACCACAUGCAAGUCGACAUCGCGCGGCCGGAGGACUUUGAGACGAGAACCACGGUCCGAUCUAAGAAGAAGGGACAGGCCAAGGGGACGACGAAGACAGCCCCUGCAACCACCACCGCCACCAAGACAACCAAAUCCGAUGUCCGGCCGCAAUACACGGUCGACGCGGCGCACCGGGGCGGGUGGACGCGGUACGUCAACCACUCGUGCUCGCCCAACACGCAAUAUGUGUUGACGAACGUCGGACAGCACACCCUCAUCAUCGUCCAAGCACUGCGCAGGAUCGCCUUUGGAGAGGAGGUCACGGUCGACUACGGCGAUGACUAUUUCGAAAACCUAGGCAUCUCGUGCCGGUGUGGCAGCCCGAGGUGUAAAUACAAGGACGUCGAUAGCUCGCGGUCGAGUCCGAGCGGCAGUAAGUGA